AUGGCGCAAUAUUUGGUAGUUAUUAAAUUGAGGGCCAAUCAAUUCGUAGGCAAUAUUCCAUUACAAUUAUGCAACCUUCCUCAUUUGACAAUACUUGAUCUGGCUGAAAAUAAGCUUUCAGGAUCCAUACCUCAUGGCCUAUUCAACAUCACGCCUCCAGAUUCUGUGGAAGUAUUGCCUAAUGAAAUCCUGAAAAUAUUUAUGAAAGGAAGAGAAUUUGACUACCGAUCAUUUAGCCGUCUUCUAUAUUCUACGGGUGGUGUUAUUGAUUUUUCUGCUAAUAGUUUGAGUGGAGAAAUUCCUGAAGAACUAAUUAGUAACGGUCAAAUACAGUCCUUGAACUUGUCUCGAAACUAUUUGACUGGGAAAAUUCCCAAAGAAAUUGGAGGCAUGAAAGUGGAAUCUCUUGAUCUUAGCUAUAACAAACUUUCUGGAGAAAUUCCUUUAACAAUAUCCAAUUUGUCUUUUCUUGGUUAUUUGAACCUCUCAUACAACAAUUUCGUUGGACAAAUUCCAUUGGGAACCCAAAUUCAAACUUUUGAUUCUUGGAGUUUUGUUGGCAAUUCUGAACUUUGUGGAGAUCCUCUUCCAAAUAAGUGCAGUAAAGAAGAAGAAACUCAUGAUUCAAAGCUAGCUGAAGGAGAUGAAGAUGACGGCUUUCUAAAGUCAUUGUAUCGUGGCAUGGGGGUUGGAUUUGCAGCAGGUUUUUGGGGAGCUUGUGGUUCUCUCUUCCUCAUCAGAGCAUGGAGAUACAAAUUUUUCCGAUGGUAUGAUCACUUGGCAGAUCAACUUUAUGUUGCCUGGGCCCUCUUCUUCAAAAGCUUCAGCUGA